AUGGGGCAUCUCAGAAAGAUGCUUGAAGAAGUUUGGGAGAUUGAAAAGGAGAAGUUGGAGAAAAUGACAGAAAAUGAUUUGAUAGACAUGCUUAAUGACUCACUAAGAACACAAAGGUUUCUUAUUGUAUUGGAUGAUAUUUGGCGAGAGGAUGUAUGGAAUCAGAUGCAAAGAAGUUUUCCGGAUGUGAACAAUGGAAGCAGAGUCUUGAUCACCACUCGGUUUCUUAAUGUUGCAAAGCGAGCAGAUCCAAGAAGCAAUCCGUACGAACUUCCGCUUUUGAAUGAUGAUGAGAGCAUGAAGCUUCUUCUCAAGAAGGCCUUUCCUUAUGAAGAUGUUGAGGCAAAUUUCACCAAUGAAUUGCUUGAUAUCGGCCUUCGUCUUAUGCACAAAUGCGAUGGCCUACCUCUGGCUUUAGUUGUUCUUGGAGGUCUCCUAUCUAUAAAAGACAAAACACCUGUUGUGUGGCGAAGAGUGUUGGAGACGAUGGAUUGGGCUGUAGAAGGAAAGGAAUGCCAAGAAAUAUUUGCUUUGAGCUAUGAAGAUCUUCCGUAUCAUAUGAAAUCAUGUUUUCUUUAUUUGGGUGCUUACCCUGAGGAUUAUGAGAUCACUGGCAAUGUGUUAAUCAGGCAAUGGAUUGCGGAAGGCUUCAUACCACAGGAAGAAAGGAAGACCAUGGAGGAUACAGGGGAAGCUAUUUUAGAGGAGUUGAUUCAGAGGAGCUUGAUUCAUGUAAAUACCAAGAAAAACAAUGGGAGUGUGAAGAAAUGUGGCGUCCAUGAUCUAUUACUGGAUUUUGCAAGAUCUGCAGCAAAGAAAGACUUCUUCCUCACAGUUUGCUCGAAUGAAAAUGAUCAACCAACUUAUUUGGCGUCAUCUCGCCGUGUGGCUUUCCACAACGUCAAUAUCACCAAGAUAAAUGAAAACUGUAGAGUCUCUACAAUGCAUGGACUCAGGACUUUGAUGGCAUUUGGUCGAGACUAUUCUGCAAUUUAUGAUUCUCCAAUAUUUAGAUUUACGCUUCUAAGGGUGCUUGAUUUGACUGAGUUAGUAAGAUUACCAAAAGAGAUCGAGCUCAUGAUCCAUUUGCGUUAUUUAAGGCUGGGGUGUGGUCCAUGCCUGCCAUUGUCGGUAGGAAACUUUCAAUCCUUAGAGACUGUUCUUCUAAGGGCAGGAGCAGAGAUACCAAUCACACUAUGGAAGAUAAUGACACUAAGACAUGUACAAAUCUGGCGGUGCAAACCACCACAAAGUCUUGAGCUAAAAAAUCUCCUCGCACUUGAGUAUGUAGAAUUCGGAUCCUAUAAAACAAUAAACUGGAGGUUUCCAAACCUUAGGAAGUUGAAAGUGUUCAUUGAUAAGGAAUACCAGAGAACAAUGCUAAGCCAUCUACUCUGUGGACUACACCAUCUUGUCAGCUUGUGUAUAAAUGGCGAUCAAUCUGAUUGCCCUAUAGAGAUCAAUACCAAGGACUUUCCAUUUCACAACCAUCUCCUCUCAUUGAUGUUAUUUGGAUUUUGGCCAAAGGGGGGCGCCGUAUCUGAAUUCCCAACUUGUCUCACCAAGCUUGAACUCCUUGGUUCUAGAUUGGAGCAAGACCCAAUGCCCAAAUUGGAGAGGUUACAAUACCUUGUCACUCUUAAACUCUUUGAAAAUGUGUAUCUUGGGAAAACCAUGGUAUGCUCUACUGGUGGAUUCCCUAGUUUGAAAAGUCUGUUCAUUACCAAAGCGUUUCUUGAAAACAUCAAACCAUUUGUGUCUCGGGUUGACCCAAUGCCCAAUCUUGAGGAGUGGAGGGUAGAGAGAGGUGCAAUGCCCAAGCUUGGAGUUUCGUUACAUGUCCCAAGAGCUCAUGCUCAGGUUGCAGAGGGAAGCAGGGGAAGAUUGGUACAAGAUUCAACAUGUGCCAAAACUCACCCUUCGAGAAUAGGGAGUGUUAAAUGCCACGAUCUCUCCCUCAGCGCCUCCUUCGGCGUCACCGUUGCCACCAUUGCCGGCGAAGCCACGGCCGACGACGGCAUCCUCGUGGGAUUCUUCUCGAUCGCGGCUUCCCAUCGCCGAUCCCUUGAGCUUCCCAUCACGGACAAGCUCGAAGCCAUUCGCGAAGAGAACGCCGAGCUUCGGAUCGCUAAGAACGACUUCGCCAAACUCCUCUCCAAAAUCCCCAUCACUGGAGAAGUCAAGAAGUCGAUGGUCGCUCAAAGCGGGAACGAGAGCGACAAGAUCCGCAUCCGUAAGUGGUAA